AACCGACUGGUAAUGAACGAUACUCAUUCAAUUCGUUUAGUUGAAGGUAAUCUGCCUACUCGUGCGAUGUGUUUUUUGUUAUUACAAUGAGAGUAAUUGGUUUAUUGUUGUGUUUAUUUGUUUCUGUUCACGGUUGGGGUCGCGGGGACUUAGAAAAAUAUGGUCCGUUCCAAUUAGCGUUGCGUUCGAACCUAAUUAAAUGUAAUCACGACAGAACACUGAACCUAGACGUCAGUGGCAUAGACGUUUACUUCUACGACUUCUCAAGAAACCAUGUGGGGACUUACGCCAUAGACAACGCUGCCCAAGGAAUCCUCGCUACACCUGAACUGGACAAGGUCAAGAAAUUCAUUAUCUUCGUCCCGGGAUACAAGUCGAAGAUCACAAAGAAAACUGAAGAGCAAGUUAGGAACACGUUUAGAAAUUAUCCCAAUAGUUACUUGAUCAUUUUAGAUCACUCCCAGUACACCAACGAUAAGCAGGGUUACAUCAAAAGCUACGAACGCUCCGUCCAGUAUGUUUACUACAUAGGGAAAGCGCUGGCUAACAUGUUAUCAGGGUUGAAAAAAGACGGGAUAUCUGCUAAGAACAUGCAUUGUAUUGGUCACAGUUUGGGUAGCCAAAUGCUCGGGCAGACGGGUGAAAUCUUCACGAAUCUGACUGGUGAGAAAAUUUCCAGAAUCACCGCUUUAGAUCCCGCCGGACCAUGUUUCUCCAACAGUCUAAUCCAAGAACAAGUAAGAUCAGGAGUGGCUGACUACGUAGAGGUAUACCAUUGUAAUGCUGGUGGUUUAGGAACGACCAGCGUAUUGGGAGAUAUUGAUUUUUUUGUCAAUAAAAAGGGCGCUGCGCAACCUAAUUGUGGAACUCCAUGGAUCCCUGGUAUAUUUGACUCUUCGAAAGCAGCCAAAUGUAACCAUAGGAUGUGUAUUGACAUGUAUACAGCUACUGUUAAUCACCCUGAGUGGUUCAUAGCACAUAAAUGUGAUACGUACAAGGAUUAUAAGAAAGGAGGCUGUUCUAGAAACGAUGUUACUAUGGCCGGCUUCUGGAACCCUGGUACCGCGAAAGGUGUUUACUACUUCUCCACUGAAGGGCAUGAUGUUAAACAAUAGCUAAUUUUAACUCGUCUUUAGAAUAUGCGCAUUUUUUAUACCACCAAGGUGGCAAGCAAGCAUACGGCUCACCUGAUGGUAAGCGGUUACCUAAAGAAACUUCUUUAUGCCCUUUUUUAAGAACCCCAUGUGUAGUCUCUUGGAAAAAAAACUCGGCAAGGCGUAUAUAGACAAUAAUGUGAAUGGCCGAAUAUUUAUUACAUAAUUUUUGUUAGCUAUUAGUUAGGAUGUAAAGAUCUAGUACAAAAUUGAUAUACAUUGUUUACCUGUUUGUUUUUUAAUUAAUAGAAUUACAAUAUAAUUAACAUUCAGACCUCUACCUCUUUAAUAUAAUUAAGUUCUAUUCAAGUUUUUUUUACUUUUUUGUUAAAAAUGUAAGUAAAAUUUGGCCAUGGACUUAGUUGGCUCCCAUGCUGCGACAUACCAUAUAAUGUAACUUAAGUCUAGCUUUUUUAUUUUCUUUUUUUUUUUAUAAAAAAAUAAAAAAUAUUAUUAAUAUUUCAAUACCGGUCAAGUUAAUCAUGGUUCUAUUAAUCUUUGUAAUAUAGUCUUGUCGAAGGCUAGAUCUUAGCUGUUUUGCUAUAUUGCAUUUUAUUUGUAACUUUGAAAUCUUUUCCUCAGUUCCUUCAGUCAUUAGUACAGGCAUUUAAUAAGAACUGUAAUAGUUUUUGCGGGUAUAAAGGUGUUUAAACUAAAAGCUAGUCUUCACUUAAAGUUCUUACUAGUGUGUAUAUUGACACGAAACUGUAACAACAUCUACCAGAGAGAGACUUUGUACAAAAGUCGUUUGCUUAGGCACCUCAAUCCUAUUCGUGUUUCUACCGUGAAGCAGUUAUGUUUGCAUAGCUGUGUUUCGAUUUGAAGGGCAAGAUAUGGCAGUGAGCUUACAGAGUACAGAGGAAUAACACCUGAGUCCUUAGGAGUGGCAACACAUGGGGAGUAUCAUGGGCGAAACAGUAUACACUGUUAUGUCCAUGGUACUGCUCAUGUCUAUAGGUGACGGUUACCACUUUUCAUCAGGUGGGGCGUCAGCUUGUUUGCCACUCAAAGAUAUAAAAUAGAGGAUUAUAUAUGUUAAAAAUAACACCUAGUUAAAUAAAAUACUACAAUAUCAUGUAAAUAUUAUUAAUGUUAAGUUGUUGUUAUUUGCUUACUAUAAAACUUUUGUACGGGAAUUGAACCAGUAACCGUCAAAUUAAAAAUCAAAAUAAAAUAUAUAUCUAUCUAUUUAUAUAUAUUUACUUAUAUAUAUAUUUUUAUUUAUACCUAUCGGUCUUUAUGAUUGUAAAGACAUUUUAUUUAUUUAUUUUUAACUAUAACAUUUAAGUCGAUUGGUACACAUGUAUGACUGUAACUACUAAUGAAUUGUCACUUUUCUCAUAUUGGGUUUGCUGGAAGAAAUCUCUAUUGGAGAUAAGCUCACCCUUGUGCACUAUUAUAUUUGUUUUUACAUUUCAAUAACCUUUUGUGUACAAUAAAGAAUAAAGAAUUGCCUACUACCAAAGUCGUCAAUCAUAUUAAUAAUGUGAUAUUUAACCAACUUCAAAAAUAAAUAGGUUCUUAACUCGGUUGUAUUGUUUAUGUUCGUUACCUUAUAACUCUGUCAGUAGACAACCAAUUUGAAAAAUUGUUUUCUUUAUCUGAAAGGAUACACUUACAGAUUGUUUCUACAGGAAUUUUUUCAGUGAUUUA